AUGGCACUCGCGACAAAAAGCACUAAAUUCCUGGCUGGGUUGAAGCCUGCCCUGGCGGCGAUGGUGGAGACAUAUGAGGAACGAGAGCAGAAAAGGUCGGCUGGGGAGAGUAGCAGGACGACAGAGAAACAGAGGCAGAAGCAGUAUAAAGGAGAGAGAGAGGGAGGGAGGGAAGAGAGGAGAAGAGGAAGAGCAAGGCAAAUUGAAGAAAGGAAGAUCUGUUUUCAACUGGAGAUGGAUCCUGGAAGAAAGAAAGGCAAAAAGGCAGCGAGGGAGGAGAGAGGGACAGAGGAAGAAAAAGCAGAAGGAUGGGAAAGAGGGAAUAUCUCUAGGAUAGCCUUCCAGUGA